AAUGCCAAUGGGUAACCCUUUAUCACCUACAAUCGCAGACAUAAUCAUGGAUGACCUGCUGGAUAAAACUUUAACAGAACUAAAGGGGCUGCAUAAUAUAAAAAUCAAACUCAUAGUGAAAUAUGUGGACGACGUCUUUGCAAUUGUUAGACGAAACGACGUAGAAAUAAUUUUAAAGACUAUAAACAAGUAUCAUGAAAAGCUGCAAUUUACAAUGGAAACAGAGAGAAACCUCAGCAUACCCUUUUUAGACGUUCGUAUCCACAGAGAAAAGGAGAAAAUAUUACUUAACUGGUACUCCAAACCCAUUUCAUCGGGACGCAUAAUAAACUUCCUAUCUGCUCAACCUUUGAAAUACAAAAUCAACACCGCGAGAAAUCUUGUUACGAAAAUACCUACCAUAAGUCACCAAAGGUUUAGAGACGAAAACGUAGGGAAAAUACAUGAGAUACUCAAACGUAACAACUAUCCGAUACACAUGACUAAAAAUUUAAUUGAACAGGCACUCAUGAAAAUAAACAAGCAGCACAAUAACACUUCCGCAGUAGCAAACACUGAGACAAAACAAUUCUAUAGUGUCACAUAUGUCCCCAAAUUGACCGGCAAACUUCCCCAAACGAUAAAGAAAAACAAGCCAAACAUAACUCUAGCAUACAAGUCAAAUUGCACUUUGUCAACGAUAUUUACAAGAACAAAAAGUCCGAUUGAACCGCAACAACAAAGCAACAUUGUAUACAAAAUAAAAUGCCAAGGUAAACAAAACGAAGAGCGCAACAAAAUCUACAUAGGGACAACAAAGCGAUCACUAAGCACACGAUUAUCAGAACACGAUGCGGAUAUAAGAAAAAAGAAAAAUAACACGGCAUUAGCACAACAUAUACUAACGAGCGGUCACACAGCUGACCUAGCUAAUACAAAGAUAUUAGACAGAGAAAACAGAGAAAAAAUACGAUACACGCUAGAGAGCCUCCGCAUAAUGCAAAAAAGAGAAAGAACAGUCAACAAGAAAGAAGACACUAACGACAUUGCGGCUACUUAUUUACUGUGUUUACAAAACACAGUCAGUACGACAAGUGUACCCCAAGCAGCUGGUACCGAUGAAUAGUUUUUAAGACAAGUGUUCACUUAUUAUUGCUUAUUUCCGCCCCUGAUGAAGCUAAGAACGUUAGCGAAACGUUGGGCAUAAAGUGAAGCAGAAACCGAGAGUUUUCAUUUGCACUUGCACAUGAUAGAUCAACCAAGCCUACAAUAACAUUAAAAGUCUAUACCAAAUUGAUCAGCAUACAAAAGAAAAAAAAAGAUUUUCAUUUUUGCUGCAA